GUUCCCUGGGUUGCGGUCAUCAUUCCCUGCAGAGAGCACGUCGGUGGUCUCCCGCCCGUAGUUUCAUCUCCUGUACAGGUGCCCACCCUGUUUUCCCGUUGGGUUCAUCUGUUCGUUUCCGGACCACGUUCUCGCCAUGGCGGGAGCCGCUCCGGCCACGGCCUUCGGGCAGGCGGUGAUCGGCCCUCCGGGUUCAGGAAAGACCACUUACUGCCUGGGCAUGAGUGAGUUCCUGCGCGCGCUGGGCCGGCGCGUGGCGGUGGUGAACUUGGACCCGGCCAACGAAGGGCUGCCAUACGAGUGCGCUGUGGACGUGGGCGAGCUAGUGGGACUGGGUGAUGUGAUGGAUGAGCUGAGGCUGGGACCCAACGGCGGCCUGCUUUACUGCAUGGAGUACCUGGAAGCCAACCUGGACUGGCUGCGGGCCAAGCUGGACCCACUCCGCGGCCACUACUUCCUCUUCGACUGUCCAGGCCAGGUGGAGCUGUGCACGCACCACGGCGCCCUUCGCAGCAUAUUCUCGCAGAUGGCUCAGUGGGAUCUCAGGCUGACUGCUGUCCAUCUUGUGGAUUCUCAUUACUGCACAGACCCAGCCAAGUUCAUCUCAGUAUUAUGUACCUCUCUGGCCACCAUGUUGCAUGUGGAGCUGCCACACGUCAACCUCCUCUCCAAGAUGGACCUCAUUGAGCAUUAUGGGAAACUGGCCUUCAACCUGGACUACUACACAGAGGUCCUUGACCUCUCCUAUCUGCUUGACCACCUGGCUUCUGACCCUUUCUUCCGCCACUAUCGCCAGCUCAACGAGAAACUGGUGCAGCUCAUUGAAGACUACAGCCUGGUCUCCUUUAUCCCUCUGAACAUACAGGACAAGGACAGCAUCCAGCGAGUCCUACAGGCUGUGGAUAAGGCCAACGGCUACUGUUUUGGGGUACAAGAGCAGCGAAGCUUGGAGGCCAUGAUGUCUGCCGCAGUGGGAGCUGACUUCCAUUUCUCCUCCACACUGGGCCUCCAAGAGAAGUACCUGGCACCCUCGGACCAGUCAGUGGAACAAGAAGCCAUGCAGCUAUAGCAACAAGCUGGGCCCUGAUGCACAACCCAGCAUCUGGGAAAGUGGAGGCUCCUUGUAAGCAGCAGACAGCUCACAGACUGCAGACCCAAGAGCAGGUCCUCCAGCUGGCAAGGGGACACUCAGCUCUGCAAAGGACUUCUGGACAAAAAGCCAGGCAUGACAAAGAGCAGAGCACCUACAGUGCCCUCAGUGAUGCCCUGGGCUCCGGGCCCUGCUGCACCAGAAGUACCACCAGGAGGCUGAACACUGGCUUUCCUUGGGUUUUGAUGAAAUGCACAUAAUAGAGUUUAUUUUCUACUUUUGGUGGCUUUAAACUUUUCUUCAAUCCUUCAGGCCCAGGGAAUUGGGGCAGAACAAGAGACCCUCUAGAGGGUCCUGUUUCUUCAUACAGGUCAGUGUUUCCCCCGAGUGCAGACUCUGCUGUACGAGAGGAUUGACUCCUACUCCCCAGUCAUGUGCUUUUGUCACUCUUCAGUUUUAACAGUGAACUUCACACUCAGACCUUCACAGGUGACACUUCCUAGCUAAACCUUAUUUAAUAUUUUAUUUUCGUUGUAUUUAUUUCAUGAUUUUGCUCUAUUUUUGGCAAGUGUUAGCUUGUCAAAAGUUUGAAAGAUUGUUUGCUUCAGAUAUGAAAAAUGUAUGCAAAGUGAGUUAUUUAAAUAAAAAUAUUAGCCAGGCAUAGUGGUACACACCUGUAAUUCCAGCAAUUUGGGAAGCUGAGGCAGGAGGAUUGCAAGUUUUAGCUCAGCCUCAGCAAUUUAGCAAGACUGUCUUAAAAAAAAAAAAAAGUUCUGGGUGUGUAACUCAGUGCUAAAGUACCACUGGGUUUAAUCCCCAGUUACCCACCCCCCGCAAAAGAAAGAAUUAAGUUGUUAUGAGGGUGUGUAAAAAUUAAGAUGAUUUGAAGCCAGGAAAUACUGCUCUGUGCUUCCUUGACCAUUCUUAAUGCUGGAUGGGAAUGCCAUUCAUAUUUCCAACCAGGAGGUGGCACCCCAGAUUUAUUUUUGUGGUUGUAACCUGGCUGUUGGAGGGGACUGGGCUUAGGAUGGGUUGUGCCAGCUGUCUCAUUUGUAUAUACCUUCCAGAUGGUUAACAUCUGUGAAGAAUUUGACAGUUUAUGAAGUGCCUCCACACACAUCCUCAGGUGGUUAUCACCACAACCCCUGGAGAUUGACAAAGCAGGGACUGUCACUAAAGCAUUACCCAUUUUGGAAGGGGAAAACAGAUGAGGAGUUGGAACUUAAGUCAGCCUUGCUGUUUCCCAAUCUUUUGAAUUGUGUGUAUCUCUCCUUUGCUAUUGAUAGUUAACAGCCUUUGAACUGGAAUGUAUCUCAGUGAUAAAACACUUGCCUAGCAUGUGUGAAGCCCCAUGUUCAAUCCCCAGACUUCAAAGGGGGUGGAUUAGAUAAGCUCUUAACCCACAGUAUUUGUGGCCAAACAUGAGAAAGAAUUUAGGCAUCUCUAAAUGUUUUAAGACUACUAAAUCAUAAAUUGAGGAGAAAGGUCGCUGGUGGUUUGAACAGUUGGAUAAUUCAGUUUAGGAAAAUCUAUUCUGAAUAGGUAUUAAAAGAGGCACUGGCUCAGCAUGGUGGCACACACCUAUGAUCCCAGUGGCUUGGGAGGCUGAGGCAGGAGGAUCACAAGUUCAAAGCCAGCCUUAGCGAAAGAGAGAUGCUAAGCAACUCAGUGAGACCCUGUCUCAAUAUAAAACAGGGCUGGGGAUCUGGCUCAGUGGUCGAGAGCCCCUGAGUUCAAUCCCUGAUACCUAAAAAAAAAAACAGGCAACUGAUCUUUGCUUCCCAAUUUUGGCACC